GGUUCAUAAAAUCAUUGUAAACCAAAGUACAAUACCAACUGCAUGCUUCUUCUCCCGGUAGUUUCGAAGUGAAUUUUUUAAAGAUGGCGUGGAAGAGCAGCAGUGUAAUGCAAAUAUGUAGAGUUCUUCUUUCAGUAAUUGUUUUUCUGCCGAAUGAGAUGACAGGCUCUGUUUUAACUGUGAACGGUAAAACGGAGAACUAUAUCCUGGACACUCGGCGUGGCUCUCAAGAAUCUCUGAAAUGUGCUGUUCAGAACCAUACCAGGGAGGAAGAACUUCUCUGGUAUCGAGAAGAGGGGAGAGUGGAUUUGAAAUCUGGAAACAAAAUCAACUCCAGCUCCAUCUGUGUCUCUUCCAUCAGCGAAGAUGACCACAAUGUCAACUUUACCUGCAGGCUGCAGAGUGAUAAGACAGUGUCCAUUUCAGUGAUGCUGAAUGUUAUAUUUCCUCCUCUCCUAAGUGGAAACAACUUCCAAACAGCUGAGGAAGGCAGUUCCGUGAAUUUGGUUUGCAACGUGAAAUCCAAUCCCCAGGCUCAAAUGAUGUGGUACAAAAGUAACAGCAUCCUGAAUUUAGAGAAAAACCAUCAUCAAAUCCACCAGACAAGUGAGUCUUUGCAGCUGUCAAUUACCAAAGUCAGGAAAUCUGACAAUGGGACCUACAACUGUAUUGCAAAUUCAUCUCUGAAAGUGGAGACCAUGGACUUUCACCUGAUUGUUAAAGAGAAAGCCAUAGCUGUACCGAUCGAAGCCAUCAUUGCUGCGUGUGUUGUGGUCUUUCUAACGUUGUGCUUUGGAGUGAUUGCAAGAAGAAAAAGAAUAAUAAAGCUCUGCAAACGAGACGAAGACCCGCACAGUGGAACAUCUCUAUGAGAAAGCAGAGAUGCCAUCCAACGCAGGAAGAGUUUUGUAUCAGGACCUCCUCGAUUUCUGUAGUCCCAUCUGUAUUUACUGCUAUUAUUAAAUUUACUCCUGUCAAAUUGUCAGAGGUUAUGAAGAAGUGUUUCAUUAGUCCCUUAACAGUAGUUGUUAUGAUUACUUUGAGAUACUUAUGGAACAUUUUUGUGGAGAGAGCUGUUAAGAAUGAAAAGUAAGGGUGGCACCUGUGGUUCAGUGAGUAGGGCACCGGCCCCAUAUACCGAGGGUGGCGGGUUCAAACCCAGCCCCGGCCAAACUGCAACAAAAAAAUAGCCGGGCGUUGUGGUGGGCACCUGUAGU